UCACCUUCUGGGGCUCUUAUGGGAAAAUAGAGGUAAAGCAUCUUGCUCCAGCCGUCCCUCCCCCAUUUCCAUAGCAACUGCACACACCCCACUCCAGAGAUCUCCAAACCCUACUACUAAGGGAAGGCACCGUGAGGGCAGCUAGACCCCAGCGUAUUCCUCACUCCUCCCCCAGAUAGAUGGGCAGCACUCAGGGUGGAGGAGACCUCCCCCUCAUCCCACUUGUGGGAGCGAGCAAGGGAUACCCUGGGAGGCCCUCAUCCAUCUUUGUUCUGCUGGGGUGCAGGGACUAGGGCCAGGUUUGCCUUGUGCCCAGCAGGAUCUCCAGCACCCAUCUCAGGGGCAGAGGCUGGGGGAGUGACUGCUGGUGCAAGCCCCAAAGUGCACGCGGCAAAAACACGGAUGCAGAGCUGGUGGCAGGAAGAGGAGGGGCUAGGCUAUAGAGUUGCUGCAAAGUUUUGGCCUGGGGAGGUGGGGGGAGUGUCCUAGUCCUCCUCCUGGGGCAGCUCCGCCUGCCCAGCUGGCCCAGCUCCUCCACUUGUGCCAAGGAAUGUGCUGGGAGAGGCGGGCGGGGCAGCAGAGCCGCGGCCGCCCGGAGGCAGUGCACAGGUGUGGGGCUGAGGGAUACCGGGGCUCAGGAGGGGCAGGGACCCCAAAACUCUACUGGGGCCACAAGUGUAGUCCUCAGAGAGAAGCCAGGCAUCCCCCUAACUCCUUGUCCCACCUGAUGGCAUCUGGCUUCUCCAGAGAUUCUGAGUGCCAAGAGUGUUCCGUGCUCAGUUCAGGCUCUGUGGGCGAAGCACAUUCUAGUGGGAAAGGGAGUGGUACUCGGGCUGUCUCUGUGCUGGCCUCCGGGAGUCAGGAUUCUUCCUGAGACAAAAACUGCGGCCUGGGAGGCUGGAUCACUAUUUGAGGCAGCCUCCCAGCUGGGAGGACCCCGCCACUCUAUGCUGGGCUGAGGCCGCCAAGCCCCUCAGUGUGGGGACUGAAUGCCCCAAGGAGAACAGGGAUUGGAGUUAAGUGGUGCAAGGGCUGGGGAAGGUGGACCAGCCUCCCUAGGCCUGAAGGAAGCAGCUCCAGGAGGGAGGGUGCCAUCUGCCUCCCACACGCACAGCCCAUCCUGGGGCUGAACCCAGGUGAAAGGGGCCUGUGGAUGGGGGCAGAUAUCUGAUCCCCUACCUCCCACUCUGUCUCUAGGUCAACGUGGAGGUACCAGGCCACCAUGCUCAGUCUCAAGCUGCCCCAACUUCUUCAAGUCCACCAGGUCCCCCGGGUGUUCUGGGAAGAUGGCAUCAUGUCUGGCUACCGCCGCCCCACCAGCUCGGCUUUGGACUGUGUCCUCAGCUCCUUCCAGAUGACCAACGAGACGGUCAACAUCUGGACUCACUUCCUGCCCACCUGGUACUUCCUGUGGCGGCUCCUGGCGCUGGCGGGCGGCCCCGGCUUCCGUGCGGAGCCGUACCACUGGCCGCUGCUGGUCUUCCUGCUGCCCGCCUGCCUCUACCCCUUCGCGUCGUGCUGCGCGCACACCUUCAGCUCCAUGUCGCCCCGCGCGCGCCACAUCUGCUACUUCCUGGACUACGGCGCGCUCAGCCUCUACAGCCUGGGCUGCGCCUUCCCCUAUGCCGCCUACUCCAUGCCGGCCUCCUGGCUGCACGGCCGCCUGCACCAGUUCUUUGUGCCUGCCGCCGCACUCAACUCCUUCCUGUGCACCGGCCUCUCCUGCUACUCCCGUUUCCUGGAGCUGGAAAGCCCUGGGCUCAGUAAGGUCCUCCGCACAGGAGCCUUCGCCUAUCCCUUCCUGUUCGACAACCUCCCACUCUUUUAUCGGCUCGGGCUGUGCUGGAGCAGGGGCCACAGCUGUGGGCAGGAGGCCCUGAGCACCAGCCAUGGCUACCACCUCUUCUGCGCGCUGCUCACUGGCUUCCUCUUCGCCUCCCACCUGCCCGAAAGGCUGGCACCAGGACGCUUUGACUACAUCGGCCACAGCCACCAGCUAUUCCACAUCUGUGCAGUGCUGGGCACCCACUUCCAGCUGGAGGCAGUGCUGGCUGAUAUGGGAUCACGCAGAGCCUGGCUGGCCACACAGGAACCUGCCCUGGGCCUGGCAGGCACAGUGGCCACACUGGUCUUGGCUGUAGCCGGGAACCUACUCAUUAUUGCUGCUUUCACAGCCACCCUGCUUCGGGCCCCCAGUACAUGCCCUCUGCUGCAGGGUGGCCCACUGGAGGGGGGUACCCAGGCCAAACAACAGUGAGGUGCCAUCCCUGACCCUGUUCUGGAGGGGGCAGAGGCCAGGCCCCAGUGCUGACGAGGAGCCCAGAUUUGGGCCUAAUCAGGUGGGGACGCAUCUCAGCCUGGAACCAACAGGGGCUGAGGAGAGAGGGCAGAGAAGAGGAGAGGUGUCUAGGAGGACUGGCAGAGUGUGAGAGGGACCAUGACGGGGCUCUUGAUGGGAGUGGAAGAAGUGCUGAGGGUCUGAGAGGGGAGAUGCAUGCGUGUCCAGGCUGAAGAUGCCCCUAUACUCUGUCAAAGGUUGGGGUGGGGAGGUGUUGGGGUCCUUUCAUCUGGCUCCAUUUCUGGUGCUCCUGGAAGUCCCUGCUCAGCACAGGGAAGAACUAACAUGACUAACCUAGGCCUACCCUGAAUGCUUCUUGCUAACCAGGCCGAGAGGCCACACACUUGCCCCCCCAUCCCCACAAACCAGGUAAUGCCAGUUUGCCAGCAGCUAUUUGCCUAUAGAGAUGAGUCUGUCCUGGUCAUAACUGUGUACUCAAGGUGUCCAGGCUUUGGGGGGUGGGCCUAUCUGGGUGCAUUAUGGAUGGUUUGGUGGAUUGAGGUGUGGGGAGGAGGGUCCUAGGCUAGAGGGGGGAUCCCUAGUUAGACUUUGGGAAGCUACCUUCAAUGUUUUCUGGAACAAGGCAGGUACAAAUAAAAAAAUAAAACUUUGGAAAGCA